GAGCUCGAGAACUUUGAAAAGAGCCCAAUUGUUCUCCCUAAAGACAGUCACGUCUCACUCCUGCUCACUCGUCACUACCACGAGCGGGUCCACCACCAAGGCCGUCAUCUGACGGACGGGGCAAUAAGGGCAGCAGGACUGUGGAUAAUAGGUGGCAAAAGACUCGUAAACUCAGUAAUCCACAAAUGCAUCACCUGUCGCAAACUACGUGGAAAACAGGAAGAACAACGCAUGGCAGAUCUUCCACCAGAACGACUGAAAACAUGUCCUCCCUUUAGUUACGUCGGCCUUGACGUUUUCGGGCCAUGGACUGUCACUAGUAGACGUACUAGAGGUGGACAUGCACAAAGUAAGCGCUGGGCCAUCAUGUUUAGCUGUAUGAGUUCGAGAGCCGUUCAUAUUGAGGUGAUCGAUUCUUUGGACACGUCCAGCUGUGUCAAUGCCCUGAGACGCUUCUUCUCACUAAGAGGACCCGCCAAAAAACUAUUAUCGGAUCGUGGCACUAACUUCAUCGGAGCUUCUAAGGAGUUAGGCAUGGACAAGACACUUGAAAACUAUCUAAAGGACCAAGGCUGCAGCUGGGAAUUCAACCCACCACACGCCUCUCACAUGGGAGGCUCCUGGGAGCGAAUGAUCGGUGUUGCUCGGAGAAUACUGGACUCUAUGCUGCUCCAAAGUAAGGUACAACUCACUCACGAUGUGUUGUGCACGCUCAUGGCCGAAGUCACCGCAAUCAUAAAUGCACGGCCGCUCCUUCCAGUUUCUUCCGACCCCGACAAUCCUUUCAUUCUAUCUCCAUCAAUGUUGCUCACCCAGAAAUCUUGCCUUCUUCCACCUCCUGGAAAUUUCAUGGACAAAGACCUUUACACCAAGCAAUGGAGACAAGUUCAGGCUCUUGCUAACCAGUUUUGGACACGCUGGAGGCGAGAGUACCUGCCGUCACUACAAAAAAGACAAAAAUGGACUGUUUCUCGAAGGAAUCUUCAAGUUGGUGACCUAGUUUUGCUGAAAGACAAGCAGGCCCCACGCAACAGCUGGCCCAUGGCUAGAGUCACUGCCACAUUUCCUGGAAAGGACAGUCACGUGAGGAAGAUUGAGAUCAAAGUAAGCGAUCAAGGCAGUGUAAAGACUUUUAUGCGACCAGUCACCGAAGUCAUUCUUCUUCUGCCAAUGGACACUUCUUGCAAAGUUUAGUUAGCUAUAGUGGCCUACGAGGCCAGGCGGGGAGUGUGUUGCCCUUAAGGCAAUUGUUUUUCUUUAAUAAAUAAUUUCAUGUGUUUAAAAUAUGGUACA